UGCAUCUUUGGCCCACAGCUGUGACCUUUCUAGAUGAGGGUUUGUCUUUCUCUGCCACAAGAGCAUGGAAGGCAACCAGACAUGGAUCACAGAUAUCACCCUGCUGGGAUUCCAGGUUGGUUCAGCACUGGAGAUUCUCCUCUGUGGACUUUUCUCUGUCUUCUAUACACUCACCCUGCUGGGGAAUGGGAUCAUCUUUGGGAUUAUCUGCCUGGACCAUAAGCUUCACACCCCCAUGUACUUCUUCCUCUCACACCUGGCCGUCAUUGACAUGUCCUAUGCUUCCAACAAUGUUCCCAAGAUGUUGGCAAAUCUGAUGAACAAGAAAAGAACCAUCUCCUUUGUUUCAUGCAUAAUGCAGACUUUUUUGUAUUUGACUUUUGCUGCUACAGAGUGCCUGAUUUUGGUGGUGAUGUCCUAUGAUAGGUAUGUGGCCAUCUGUCACCCUCUCCAGUACACUGUCAUCAUGAGCUGGAGAGUGUGCACGAUCCUGGCUCUCACAUCCUGGUCAUGUGGGUUUGCUCUGUCCUUGGUACAUGCAAUUCUCCUUCUAAGGUUGCCCUUCUGUGGGCCCCAGGAUGUGAACCACCUCUUCUGUGAAAUUCUGUCUGUCCUCAAGCUGGCCUGUGCUGACACCUGGGUUAACCAAGUCUUCAUAUUUGCUACCUGUGUGUUUGUCUUAGUCGGGCCUCUUUCCUUGAUUCUGGUCUCCUACAUGCACAUCGUCGGGGCCAUCCUGAAGAUCCAGACAAAGGAGGGCCGCAUAAAGGCCCUCUCCACCUGCUCCUCCCACCUGUGUGUGGUUGGACUCUUCUUUGGCAUAGCCAUGGUGGUUUAUAUGGUCCCAGACUCUAAUCAACGAGAGGAGCAGGAGAAAAUGCUGUCCCUGUUUCAUAGCCUCUUUAACCCAAUGCUGAACCCCCUGAUCUACAGCCUGAGGAACGCUCAGGUGAAGGGCGCCCUCCACAGAGCACUGCAGAGGAAGAGGCCCAUGGGAAGGGUGUAUGGGCUUUGCCUUUAAAACAUGUGAUUUGCUGAAGCAAGAA